AUGGCUAUCACUGGAGCAAGCAAGCCACCGUCUACGCACGACAAUGAGGCCGCCGCCGCCGCCGCGCGCCUACAGGCGGCGCAGCGCACGUAUGGGCGGGGCGCAGAGCAGAAGAUCCGCACGCGCAACAUGAAGGACAAGAAGCUGCGGGCGGCGGUGAAGCGGGAGGAGCAGAAGGCGCGGGACGCGGCGGUGAAGGCGGCGGACGCGGAGAUUCUGCUCGAGCAGGGCAGCGGGUACCUGGAGGCGGAGGGGGAGCUGGAGCGCACGUACAAGGUGCGGCAGCGCGAGAUCCAGGCGGGCGUGGCGGUCGAGACGGCCAAGAAGGGCUUCGAGCUGCGCCUCGAGGGCAUGGGGCCCUACGUCGCGGAGUACACGCGCAAUGGGCGCGGCUUGCUGCUCGCGGGCCGCAAGGGGCACGUCGCCACGGUGCGCGACUGGCGCGACGGCACGCCCGGCUGCGAGCUCCAGCUCGGCGAGACGGUGCGCGAUGCCAAGUGGCUGCACAACGAGCAGUUCUUUGCCGUGGCGCAGGCGCGCGCCGUCUACAUCUACGACGCGCAGGGCGUCGAGAUCCACAAGCUGGCCAAGCACGUCGACCCCACCUUUCUCGAGUUCCUGCCCUACCACUUCCUGCUCGCCAGCGUCGGCAAUGCCGGAUACCUCAAGUGGACGGACACGUCGACGGGCGACAUGGUCAUGGAGCUUCCCACGCGGCAGGGCGCGCCCACCGCGCUGGCCCAGAACCCGCACAACGCGGUGCUGCACGUCGGGCACCAGAACGGGCAGGUGACGCUGUGGUCGCCCAACAGCAGCGAGGCGCUGGUGAAGGUGCUGGCGCACCGCGGCCCCGUGCGCAGCAUCGCCAUGGACCGCGAGGGCCGCUACAUGGUGACUUCGGGGCAGGACGCGAAGAUGGCCGUGUGGGACAUCCGCAUGUUUCGCCCCGUGCACGACUACUUCCUGCGGCAGCCGGGCGCCUCGGUCGCCAUCUCCGACCGCAACCUCACGGCCGUGGGCUGGGGCACGCAGCUCAGCAUCUGGAAAGACCUGUUCAGCAAAUCGCUGUCCGACCAAGAAAUCGCGCAGCAAAAAGUCCAGGCCCCGUACAUGGCCUGGGGCGGCGAGGGGCAGCACGUCGCGCGCGCGCGCUGGUGCCCGUACGAGGACGUCCUCGGCGUCGGCCACGACAAGGGCUUCAGCUCGCUCCUGGUCCCCGGCGCCGGCGAGCCCAACUUCGACGCCCUCGUCGCAAACCCCUACGAGACGACCAAGCAGCGCCAAGAAGCCGAGGUGCACUCGCUGCUGCAGAAGCUCAAGCCCGAAAUGAUAUCGCUCGACCCCAACUUCGUGGGUAACAUCGACCUGGCGUCGGCGGAGACGCGUAAGCGCGAUCGCGAUCUGGAUGCUAAGCCGGAGGAUCCCGUCGAGAAGCUGAAGCAGAAGGGCAGGGGCAAGAAUAGUGCGCUCAGGAAGUAUUUGCGCAAGCGCGGCCAGAAGAACGUCAUUGAUGAGAAGAGGCUGCGUGUGCAGCAGGCGUAUAAGGAGCAGAAUAAGCGCGAGAAGGCGGGGUUGGAGCGCGAGAGGGCGGCGUAUGGACCGGCGUUGGCGCGGUUUGCGCGAAAGGGCGCGUAG